AUGCUGCCAGAAUGCGAAGCCGAAGCGUGGGUUCAUUCCGUUUUCCACUCCUCCUGUAUUCCCUUUUCUUUGCUUUGUAGCCAGAAGCCAACCCUGCCCUCGCCCAUGGCCUCUGCCUAUGACGCAUCCCACGAGGCGCCUUUGGCGGAUAUCUAUGGUCAACACUCUCCUGUCACCAUCGCCGUCACCAUCCCGUUGCGAACUCUCGAGUUGCUCAAGCCCGCCUGCAUACCCUUCGACCCUUCGAUGCGAGCUGCCUUCAACGUCUCCAGGCCAGGGGAAACCACAGAACGCUUCCAACGGGGCCACGUCGCCGUGAUCUGCCCAUCCAUAUCGCCAUCUAGCUGUACCACCGUGGGGUGCGAUUUGCGUGCUCAGCAGGUCGCUUCGGUCAUUCUCAACCCUGCCCGGUUUCGAAACUGCAAUUCAUAA